AUACUAUCAGCACUGGCGACGACUUCCUACCUGCAUUUGAGGCGUGGGAAAAUACAGCUGCUUCUGUAGCAAUAAUUGAAUGCCACAAGGGGCGCACAAUGUGGCCUUCUCGUUACGUAACUACGGCCAGUUAUGCAAUGAAUCCUUUAAGCUGAGGAAGCCAAAUUAACGAUCGCCAUGAGCUGCUGAAUGAGCUGAACAAACUGCCAGAAAUACCGUAAAAGCAUUCACCCAGUACUGCGAAGGAGCUGACUGCCCCAACAUAUCCAGAUUGUGGCAACCAGCCAGUGCGCCCUUGUUGAUUCGCAUGAGCCAUUGAGAGAGACUCGCCGUGAGCUGCUCAGCUCCAGACGCGCGCCGCCAGCAUAUCUGAGCCCACAAAACAUCGCAAUGGGGGAGGGACAUGAGUUCCCAGUCUUUGACACAACAAACGCAAAGAACGCCGUGGAACGGCUGGACCUCACCGGGAAACGCCGCAAAUAUGGUCCCAGGACGAAGAAGUGGAUGGCGUUCAAGAACAAGCUUGUUCGCAAGGAGAAUCUCAUCUUCUUCACCAUCGCUGGGGUUUCCGGUGGGAUUGCCAUCGGAGCCGGGCUGUACACCUCCAAGCCAAGCCCAAGGGCUAUCGAGUUGAUUGGGUACCCGGGUGAAUUGUUCCUGAACGGGCUGUCAGAGCUUGUACUCCCCCUAGUAGCGUUGGCGCUGAUGACCGGAGUGAUGAGCCUGCGGCACACAACAAGCGGGGCUGCAAACAUUGCCAAGUGGGCCAUGAUGUACUACUUCACUUCCAUGUUCCUUGCAGUUGGCCUUAGUGUUGCGCUCGUGUAUGCAAUCAGGCCUGGGUCGGGCCGACCCUUUGGCAACGGGGAUUUGACGCAGUGCGGCAAGGCCAAAAACUCUACCGUCGCUAACUCAGUGAGCACCUCAGCCGGCGAUGCCGUGGAGUCACUGUUGAACCUUGGAAGGAGCAUGUUUCCCAGCAACAUCGUUGUAGCAUCCUACGGCAACAACUAUCUUGGGGUUAUGGUGUUCUCCAUCUUCUUUGGGGCCGUCCUCAUCAGUCUGGGUCCAAUGGCUGAGCCUCUGAUCAAGGUGAUUGAGAUCGCUAACGACACCAUCAUGGGCAUGAUUACGCUCGUCAUCUGGCUGACGCCAAUUGGCGUCGGGUCAUUGGUCGCGGGGUUCAUCCUCAAGGCGUGCAACAUCACGGCCGUUCUCAAGGCCCUGGCCAAGUACGUCGCGACGGUUUUGGCAGGAUUCGGAAUUCACCUCUUUAUAUUCCUGCCACUGACCUGCUUAACCUUCUCGGGGAUCAAUCCGCUGAGAGUCUUCAGGGCAUUCAGCCCGGCCCUGUUCCUUGGCUUCGGAACGGCUUCGAGCGCAGCCACCAUGCCGGUCACCAUGCAGAACGCAGAGGACUUUGGGGCGGAGUCCAGCAUCGUCAAGUUCGUCGUUCCGCUGGGAACCAACUUCAACAGGCAAGGCUUUUCGAUCCGGAAUCUUGGAGAUGGUGCAGCUCUCUAUGAGGCCACGUCUGCACUCUUCAUUGCUCAGGCCCAUGGCGUCAAGCUGAGCGUGGGAAACGUCAUUGUGCUGGCGAUCACCGCUACCCUGGCUGCCAUUGGAUCCGCCUCCAUCCCAAACAGCGCCAUCGUAACUUUGAUCACCGUGCUCCGGGCUGUCGGUCUAAGCCAGUACGUCGGAGACAUCUCGGUGCUCAUCGCCGUGGACUGGUUCUUGGGGAUGGCCAGGACUUCCGUCAACAUCUUUGGUGAUGCCUGCGCUGCCAUUAUCGUGGACAAUUGGUCUAGGCGCCAUGAGGCGUGGAAGAUCAAGAAUGCGGACAAGUUGUACGAAACGGACUCGGACGUCGAGGACGGGCCUGCGGUUGACAAAACGGAGGCUUGAUCGACGGGGAGGAAAAGAAUGUGUAGUAGUAACGAGACCGACUUCUAACUUCGAUGGGGGUCAGUGUUCUGGGUGUAUCUUAUAAGGAGGUCAAGUGACGGCAGCCGACUGAUUUCGGAAGAAGACGCGUGUGUUUGUAAGGUUGUGCCACUACGAGGGGGGGGUGGAUGGGCACGAGAUGACUGGAUCGUGGUCAGCGCAGCCGCUCCAAUCUGGUUUUCAUAAGUACGGGCAUUGAUCUCAGCGUUAAUGGACUCUUUCUUAGCGCCGCAGCAAGUGCAGCUAGAGGCUUCGAACCCUCCAACAAAUAGUCUGUAGUAUUGUAUGCUUUCUAAGGUCAAUAUAGGAGAGUAGGAGCGUGAACGUCUUUACUGAUGUAUACCCCUAACGUCGACACAGAAGCUCGACGGUCAAGGAAAUGCAGGUGUAGUUCCUUAUCUAGGAAGCACGUGGUGGACUACCAUCGGUGGUCCUGAUAAAUUUGCAUUAGGGUCAAAUUGCAUUUGAGAAUUUGACUUAGUAGAAGUACUAAGAGGUCAAAGCGUUGUCAAUCGAAACGAGCGUUGAAUUGAGGGAGUAUGAGGGGGGUAUAUUACAAAGUACAAAUUAUAUAAGUUGCACGUUAGAAGCCAAAAACUGUGCUGGGCUUAUCAGGG